UACACAGACGCAGUGUUGCUUGCGUUGGCCAAGAGACAGACGGUAGUAAAAGUUCUCCCGACCACCCAUCGCCUUCUGUAACCGUUGGUUUCGAUAUCUUGCGAAGGAGUUUUUGGUAUGGAACCUGCUGUACUACCCGUCGUGGAACGUAGCCUGGAUACUUACGAAGGUUAUUCUAAAACGUGACGAGAAAUAAACUGGGACUGAAAAAAAUGUGAAUUACAAAGUGGUGUUCCAUCAGUGUUAAAAGAAGUGUGUAUCUCAUUCUAAUCGAAGUAUUUAUUCUACCUGAUGCAGUGACUGUAUCAGAGUGUAAUAAUAAAGGUUCCUGUGAACAGUGAGUGACAAAAACUGUCCUAAAAGAUGGUGGAGAGAGGCCGAGCGUCUCAAAGGUCUCACGGGAUGGCCUCCCAAAGAUCCUACGGGACAUCCUCUUCGUCCUCCCAGGAUUCGAGAACCCGCUGCAAGAACUGCUACCGCAAAUUCAUCUCCUUCAUGUGCACGCAGGUGGGCGUGGGCGGCCUCGUCGUUUCCUACGCCAUCAUGGGGGCGUUCGCUUUCAAGGCGAUCGAAGAGAAGCCCGAGAAGUGGAUGACCAACAGAACGUCCCUCAUCCACAACGACACGAUUAAGAAGCUGUGGAACUUCACGGAGCACCUCAACGUCCUGCACAAGGACCGGUGGUACGAGGACGUCAAUAACACGCUUUUCAGCUUCCAGGAGAAGAUCGUCUACGUGGUCAGGAAGGAGCGCUACGACGGGCGCUCCCACACGGAAGUUUGGACCUUCCCGGCCUCCCUCAUGUUCUGCCUGAGCGUCUUCACCAUGAUCGGCUACGGCCACAUGACCCCGAGGACCCAGUGGGGCAAGAUAGCCACCAUCUUGUACGCGGUUCUGGGGAUACCCCUCUACAUCGUCUACUUUAUGGGCAUGGGCCGGGUGUUCGCCAAAUCCUUCAAGUUCCUGUACCGCGCGAUGUACAGAUGCAUCAAGACGAAGAACAAGAAUGUGGAGGAGGGCGAGAUAACCGAGGAACAGUGGGAGGAGCCCAUCAUCGUCCCAUCCACCGCCUGCAUGUGGGUCAUGGUCUUCUACAUGCUGACGGGGACCAUCAUGUUCGCGGAGUGGGAGGGGUGGUCGUACCUCAACUCCUGCUACUUCUCGUUCACGUCCCUGGCCAAGAUAGGCAUCGGGGACUUCGUCCCGGGGACGGGCGGGGCCAAGGAUAGCCAGACGAAGCUCAUCAUCAACUUCAUGUACCUCCUCAUAGGGAUGGGCCUCAUAGCCAUGUGCUACACCCUCAUGAAGGAAGAGAUCAUGCUCAAGCUGCGGGAACUCAAGCAGGACUUCAAGGAGAAGCUGUUCUUCUGCGGGGUGAAGCUUGGGCUGUACGUCGACGAGCAGAUGUACCCAGAACCUCCCCGUCAGCAGCAUAUGCACGGGCGUACGAAGUCUAUGAGAAAGUCUGUCAGACGGAGGUAGACAGACGUCUGUCGGAGAGGGUUAGACGGAACCAAAUUCAUUUUCCACGGCACCGGUUACGUGCUGCCAAAGGUGAUAAACUUGAACAUAUGGCUAUUUUCUACGUCGGCUUUGUGGAAAGAAGCCGAACCGUAGAAUUUAGAAAAGGGGGAGAUGAGACACAGACACGGGGCUCAUGAACAAAUCACUUGAAAUGAUUUUUUUUUUAAAGUACGAAAGUAAACAAAAAAAAAAAAAACAUUAACCCACCCCACGAAUGAGAUCUCCCAAAAACAACCAAGGCUGCAAAAAUGGUAAAACAACCUUUAGGUAGUAGUGUAACAAAGACUAAUGUUCGGUGUAAAAGACUUAGUUUUUUUUCUCUCUCUCUUGACCAAUGAACAUUGGUGGCGGCACUAGGUACUGUGAGAGGAAUUUCGAGAUGAUAAUUCAAGGUGGGUGUGGAUGUGCCAAGUUUCAUAGUGGGAGCUAUGGGCAACUUCUCGCCCCCCCCACACCCCCCCCACCCCCCCACACACCCCACCCUUCCCAGGCACCUCAGACGACAAAUUGUACCUUGAGAAAGUGUUGAGUGAGGUUUUGUGCGCGACUCAAAUACAGUUAUGAACUACACACGACUUUUAAUGUAUAUUUAAUGUUGUUGGUUCUGGGCAAUAUUUGACACAUAACCAAGAUGGCGUAGCUGAGAUGCAAAAGAAAUGGAAACGACCUAGAAGGUGGACGCCAUGGUUACGAAAAACACGAAUUUAGUUUAAUGGAGACGGAAAUGCACACUGAACAUUCAUGCCAAAUGUGUUGAACGCUCACACCGUCGAACACUAUUCUUCUUUUAAAACCCGAAGUGCACGAAACACCUGCAAGGCUAAAUGUUUAAUUAGUGUAACAGCGAGUAGCUGUAAGGACGACAAAUAUUUAGUUUUAGUUCAGAUUAAUAAGUUUUUUUUAAACAAAAAGUAGACGCGGGCACAAGCUUUCAGAAACAAAAGUUUGCCAGAUCUACGAUGAUUCUCUAUUUUACCUACUUAAACUUUUGUUUCUUCAGUACAAAUCUGUCAGAGAUGAUUAUUUCAAAAUGAAUUAAUAAACGUACUUAAGAAGCCAAUAAGCUUUUAUUAUCAGUACAUAAGAAAACGUGGUUUCCCCCACGAAAGGCUUACGAAAAAUCAAAGAAAACAAAGGCACUUUUAUGUAAUGGUGACCAGGAAAGAGAGAGAGAGAGAGAGAGAGAGAGAGUUUUGUUUCGCAGUAUAUCAAUUUGUUUUAGCUCUGACAACUUUAAAAUAAUCAAGGAUUUUGAUCAUCGUAUCAAAAUUUAUUAGCUUUUUUUGAAAAUGAAAAUCACAAAUUGGCCAGUAACACGAAAGCGUCGGAUCUUACUUAUCAACUAUAAGGCAAAAAUGAAUCUCUUUUUACAACAGGUUCUAUCGUAUAACUGAAUUACUGAGCCUCUGAUAUACGUCAAUUAUGAUACCACGAUGCUAUGCAGCUAUAACAACAAAAGGGAAGGCCACAACAUAAAUACAAUUAUAAUUAAAUCUGUUACUUUUUCCCCCUCGGCUAACCGAAAAUAAAACUUCCUCUCUCGGUGAAUCAGAGUAAGGACUUUGUUUUAAAAAAUAUUUAUAUAUAAUGGCUUUUCUCCCCUUGUGUUUAUUCUCGUCUGCCGUCCUCCGCCUAGUUCUGCUCGAGAUGUUUCGCCUCUCAGAGUCUUACAGAAAAAAAAGGGGGGAAUGCAAGAACCGAGGAUAGAAAGAACGAACAGAAAGACUGACGAACAAAGAAGUAUAAACUAAAAACAAGGGUAGGAUGCGAAAAUCACUCGCUACCUCCCGACAACAAAGGUCUUUGAAAAUCCUCACGGAACGAUUAUAUAUCUUCAACGUCACAUCUAUCCCGAGAUAAGAUUGAAGUCUGUGGUAUUCCGUUACUAGGGAAGCUCUCGUUGUGACCAGGUUAGGAGGAUUCAUUCGGUUAAACGACGAUGUUAAUUUGUAAAAAUAAAUUAGUUAAUUUUAAAGAUAAUUUCCUCCGGAGAUUAUCAAAGAUCCUCGACGGGUUGAGGAGAGAGACAAGAGAUAUGUAUGUACGUGUGCAAGAGACGAAAGUAAUACAUAAUGGACCAGGAAAAUAUAAUAUAACCUUGUUGGUACGAGGUUCAACCAAUGUCAAACGGAAUAUAAAACCCGCACUUUAUUUAUAUAAUUGUUUCUCUUUUUUUAGGCAAUAAAGC